ACCACAGUGGUUCUACUUGACCUUUGAAACUAGAACUCACAUUCACCUGUCGCUCCUCUUCCUGGGUCCUCAUGGUCUCCACAGAGCCAGUAAAGUAGAAGGUCUUCUCCUGUCUCAUUCAGUCCUUGGUGCCACUCUAGCAGGAGGUGGAGCUUGACAGGCAGCACAUCAGAAACAAUCUGUCAACACAACAGCUUCUAGACUCUUGAUUGUUGCUGCUUGACAACAUCUGCUUGUUCCAGUAUUAGCAAUGCAGAUCUUCAUGUUAGUGGUUUUAUUCACUGGGUUUACUGGUGAGUUCUGCUUUAGAAGCACCGUCCUAUUUCAGACAUGGACCUCAAUAUAUGUGUAGCACUUCAUAUGAAUUAAUUCACAUUGCUUUUUCCAGGAUCUUUAACACUGUCGUAGUCACUGACCUUUCAUUCUUAACAUAUGCAGGUGACAGUUAUCAGCAAUCCAUCCACUCAAUCCAGGACAGUCCAGUCCAGGCUCUACAAGGAGACGGCGUGACUCUCUCCUGCAACUACUCUUCAGCAGACUACUUCUUCUGGUAUCGGCAGUACCCCAGCUCACCUCCCCAGUUCCUUAUCAAAGAUUACAUGGAGCUAUCUGGAUUUACCUUGAAAAAGGACAGUGAUAAAAAAAUGUUCCAUCUGGAGAUCUCCGCUGCUGCCGUGACAGACUCUGCUCUGUACUACUGUGCUCUGAGGCCCACAGUGACAGGAAACACAGACUCCCUGUACAAAAACCUGACAAGGAACUUGAAGAGCAUUUGUCAUUACCUUAAACUGUGGUUCAGGGGAGGCGCAUCUGGAGAGGUGAAUUCACCAGGAGCCUACUCCAGGCCAUGGCAACAUGUUUACAUAUUAACCUUAUCUUUACAGGUGUCGACAGUGGACCUCACUCCUGUCAAGCAGAAAGAGAACAGAUUGGUCGGUACAAGUGUUUCUCUGUCCUACACACUCUCUAAAAUUGCUACAGGGAGCGAUUAUUUCUUCUGGUACCGUCAGUAUCCCGGAGAACCUCCACAGUUCCUGCUGUACAUCUCAGGGUUUGGUAACAUCAGGACAGCUGAGUCUCUUGGUUCAGACAAAAGGUUUUCCACUGAACUGACUGAAGAGAAGACUGGAGUGGAUCUGAAGAUCUCCUCUGCUGCAGUGACAGACUCUGCUCUGUACUACUGUGCUCUGAGGCCCACAGUGACAGGAAACACAGACUCCUUGUACAAAAACCUGUUAAGCACAAAACACUCUACCAUCUCCCCGAGACCCGAUCAAUGACAUUUCUGACAUAACACAUGACUUCAUCGCCAUAUUUAUUUCCUGAUUAAUUAUACAUGUUUACCAUUGUUCAAUUUUAUUAUUAUUUGUAACAUUUUCAGUAAGUUCACUUGCUUUAUUAUUUUUAAUGAUUUGGUUUGAAUUGUGUGUUAUAUUUGUAGCUUUUAUCCGCAUGGCUCAUUCAAUUAAAAACCAUCUAUGUUUCAACAGUUACACUCCUUAAAGUGAACAUGAAGGUGAGUUCUCUUAUCCACCCCUAGAGGUCAGUAUUAUCAAGUAGGUGUUUUACUAUUUCAUCAACAUGUUUGGUCAUUGUGUCUUUUAGAGCUGGUACCAUGAAGAGAUUAA